AUGGCUUCCUUGGGAGACUCACUUGGGAGAUUCUUUUGCAAGUGUGACAAAGAAUCUGGUUUGGGUUCUUACUGCAUUCAAAGGACUAUUGUAGACGGUGUGAACCUCCUCUUCCUCUGUGUCUUCUAUCUACUUUUGGUCAUAGAAUCUAGAAGAAAGCAUUGUAUUUGUGGUGCAAAUGGAAGGGACUGGUUCACAAUUGUUGUUUCAAUCUGCUGUAUUCUUACUAGCACUGCAUAUUUUAAUGCAUGUUUAUGGGAUCUGAUAGCCAAAAAUGGUGAAUUCAAUCAUCUGAGCUCGUUGGUAUACUUUGUCAGAGGACUAGUUUGGAUCUCUUUUACAGUUUCCUUGUUGGUUCAAAGGUCAAAAUGGAUCAAAAUUCUAAACUCCGGCUGGUGGGUCUUCUGCUUUUUACUAGUUUCGGCUCUAAAUAUCGAAAUUCUAUUGAGAGAGCAUAGUAUUCAGAUUCUUGACAUAAUGCCAUGGUCUGUGAACUUUUUACUUCUUUGUUGUGCUUUCAGAAACGUCAAUCAUUUAAUAUUCCAACACACUCCUGAGAAGACUCAAUCCGAGCCACUAUUGAACAAAAAUGCUGAAAAUGGCCUGCAGACUAAGCUAGGCCAGGCCAGUUUCCUUAGCAAAUUGACAUUUUCUUGGAUUAAUUCUUUGCUUUCCCUUGGUUAUUCUAAACUAUUAGCUCUGGAAGACAUCCCUUCUUUAGUUUCUGAAGAUGAAGCCAAUUUAGCCUACCAGAAGUUUUCUGAUGCAUGGGAAUCCCUUCUGAGGGAGGGGAGCUCAAGCCAAACAAGCAACCUAGUUCUUCAGGCCAUAGCAAGAGUUCAUCUAAAGGAAAAUAUAUUUGUAGCCAUUUGUGCAUUUCUAAGGACAGUUUCUGUAGUUGUUUCUCCUUUGGUGCUCUAUGCUUUUGUAAACCAUUCAACUAAUAGCCAUGAGGAAGAUCUGUAUGAAGGUCUUUCUAUAGUGGGGUGUCUAGUUCUUGUCAAGGUGGUAGAAUCAUUCUCUCAAAGGCAUUGCUUCUUCCAAUCAAGGAGGUCAGGGAUGAGGGUGAGAUCAGCCUUAAUGGUGGCAGUCUAUCAAAAGCAGUUAGUGCUUUCUUGUUUGGGAAGGAAAAGGCACUCAACAGGGGAGAUUGUGAAUUAUGUUGCAGUUGAUGCCUACAGAAUGGGUGAAUUUCCAUGGUGGUUCCAUUCAACAUGGAGUCUUGGAUUGCAACUUUUUCUAGGCAUAGGUGUUCUUUUGGGGGUUGUUGGUAUUGGUGCUCUUCCUGGUUUAAUCCCUCUUCUCAUAUGUGGAUUUGUUAAUGUGCCAUUUGCAAAGAUGCUACAAAAAUGUCAAUCCCAAUUCAUGAUUUCCCAAGAUGAGCGACUCAGAACCACUUCUGAGAUCCUAAACAAUAUGAAAAUUAUAAAGUUGCAAUCAUGGGAAGAGAAGUUCAGGAACCUGAUUGAAAGCCUCAGGAACAAUGAAUUCAAAUGGUUAGCUGAAGCACAUUUUAAAAAGGCUUAUAGCACCCUAUUGUAUUGGAUGUCUCCAACCAUCAUUUCUUCAGUUAUCUUCUUCGGAUGUGCCAUUUUUAGGAGUGCUCCACUAAAUGCAAGCACAAUUUUCACAAUUCUAGCAACAUUAAGGAGCAUGGGAGAACCUGUCAGAAUGAUACCAGAGGGUCUUUCCAUUUUGAUCCAAGUCAAGGUCUCUUUGGAUCGUCUAAAUGUCUUUCUGCUCGAUGAUGAGCUCAAAAAUGAUGAAAUCUUUAGAACCCCAUUACAGAAUUCAGAUAAGAGUGUUAAAAUUCAAUAUGGCAAUUUCAGUUGGGAUCCAGAACCUAUACUUCCAACUCUCAGAGAAAUAAAUUUGGAAAUAAAAUGGGGGCAGAAAAUUGGAGUUUGUGGGCCAGUUGGAGCAGGGAAAUCAUCACUUUUAUGCUCUAUACUUGGGGAGAUUCCAAAGGUUUCAGGAACUGUCAAUGUAUAUGGAUCCAUUGCCUAUGUUUCUCAAACUUCUUGGAUCCAAAGUGGGACAAUCCGUGAUAACAUACUCUUUGGAAAGCCUAUGGAUCAAACAAGAUAUAAGGAUGCCAUAAAAGCGUGUGCUUUAGAUAAGGAUAUCAAUAGUUUCGACCAUGGUGAUCUCACGGGAAUAGGUCAGAGAGGGAUCAACAUGAGUGGAGGGCAGAAACAGAGAAUUCAACUUGCUCGAGCUGUCUACAACAAUGCUGAUAUCUAUCUCCUGGAUGACCCUUUUAGUGCAGUAGAUGCUCAUACUGCUGCAUGUUUGUUUAAGGACUGUGUCAUGGCUGCUCUAGAAAAGAAAAUUGUCAUUUUAGUGACUCAUCAAGUGGAGUUUCUCUCAAAUGUUGAUCAAAUUCUGGUUAUGCAGGGCGGGGAAAUUACUCAAUCAGGAAGCUAUGAGGAGCUCUUGACAGCUGGGAUGGCAUUUGAACAACUUGUGAAUGCUCAUAGAGAUGCAAUGACAGUACUGGAUCCUUUAAAUAAUGAGAGUCAAGGAGAACUUCAGAAGGUAGAUAUUGUUCAGAUAGAGCAGUGUCAAGGGUCUUACCUCACGAAAGGAAACAGUGAGGGAGAGAUUUAUGUGGAAGGUGUCCCGGGAGUACAACUAACAGAAAAAGAAGAGAAGGAGAUUGGUGAUGUUGGGUGGAAACCUUUCUGGGACUACAUUCAUGUCUCACAGGGAUUGCUUCCUCUAUGCUUAAGCUUAAUAAGUCAGUCUAUUUUUACUGCCCUUCAAGCUGCUUCAACUUAUUGGCUAGCUCUAGGCAUUCAAAUUCCUAAAAUUACUUAUGGCAUGUUGAUUGGAGUUUACACUGCAAUUUCAACACUUAGUGCUGUCUUUGUAUAUCUAAGGACUUUCUUUGCAGCCCAUCUUGGAUUAAAAGCUUCUACAGCCUUCUUUUCUGGUUUUACUAAUGCCAUUUUUAAAGCUCCCAUGAUGUUCUUUGACUCAACCCCAGCUGGGCGGAUUUUGACCCGAGCUUCAUCAGAUUUGAGUAUUUUGGAUUUUGACAUACCUUUCACCAUUGUGUUCUUGGCGGUUUCUGCUAUUGAACUUCUUACAAUGAUUGGAAUCAUGGCCGCAGUCACAUGGCAGGUUCUUAUUGUAGCCGCCCUGACUAUGUUCGCUGCAACAUAUGUUCAGGGUUACUAUCUAGCCUCUGCAAGGGAACUUGUAAGGAUCAACGGAACAACAAAGGCACCCAUUAUGAAUUAUGCAGCUGAGACAUCACUCGGAGUAGUCACUAUAAGGGCCUUUAACAUGGCGGACAGGUUCUUCCAUAGCUACAUAAAGCUCAUCGACACGGAUGCCAGUCUUUUCUUUCAUUCUAAUGCAGCCAUGGAGUGGAUAAUUCUAAGAGUAGAAGCACUUCAGAACUUGACCCUUUUCGCCGCAGCUUUGCUCCUAGUUUUACUUCCUAAGGGUUAUGUGGCUCCAGGGCUUGUAGGGCUUUCUCUUUCAUAUGCUUUGACAUUGACAAGCACCCAAAUUUUUGUGACUAGAUGGUAUUGCAACUUAUCAAACUAUAUUGUCUCAGUUGAACGGAUCAAACAAUUCAUGCAUAUACCUUCUGAGCCUCCUGCAAUUGUGGAGGGCAGAAGACCACCAUCUUCAUGGCCUUCAAAGGGGAGGAUAGAGUUGCAAGCUCUAAAGAUAAGAUAUCGUCCAACAGCUCCAUUAGUUCUCAAGGGGAUUACUUGCACAUUCAAAGAAGGGACUAGAGUAGGAAUUGUGGGAAGGACAGGGAGUGGAAAAUCUACAAUAAUAAGUGCUUUAUUUCGUUUAAUGGAGCCUGCAAGCGGGACGAUUCUUAUAGAUGGGCUUGACAUAUGCUCUAUUGGUCUCAAAGAUUUGAGGAAAAAGCUAAGCAUCAUCCCCCAAGAACCAACUCUUUUUCGGGGUAGUGUUCGAACUAACUUGGAUCCACUAGGCCUUUACUCGGAUGCCGAAAUAUGGAAGGCUUUAGAGAAGUGUCAGCUCAAGGCAACAAUUAGCAGCCUGCCAAAUCUGCUAGACUCAUCCGUGAGUGAUGAAGGAGAAAAUUGGAGCAUGGGGCAACGACAGUUGAUUUGUCUUGGAAGAGUCCUUCUUAGGAGGAACAGAAUUCUAGUUCUAGAUGAGGCUACUGCUUCCAUUGAUUCUGCAACAGAUGCUAUUCUGCUGGGAAUUAUUAGGCAGGAAUUCUCUGAAAGCACAGUGAUUUCUGUAGCACAUAGAGUCCCGACUGUUAUGGACAGUGACAUGGUCAUGGUCCUCUCUUAUGGGAAGCUGGUUGAGUAUGAUGAGCCUUCAAAACUUAUGGAGACCAACUCCUCUUUCUCUAAGCUUGUAGCUGAAUACUGGUCCAGCUGCAACAGAAAUUCCUACCAAAAUUUCAACAACAAUUAAUCAAGAUGAAGAAAUAUGGGAGAAAAUCUUCUGAUUUGUUGGAUGAUUAAUUAUGUGGUAUUCAAUAUUGUCUUAAAAAAGGGAAGUCAUAAAUCAC